AUGCUGGGAUCCGAUGACUUCUUCUACGUGGGUGGAAGCCCCAGUACUGCCGACCUGCCUGGGUCUCCUGUCAGCAACAACUUCAUGGGCUGCCUCAAAGAGGUGGUCUACAAGAAUAACGAUAUCCGUCUGGAGCUCUCCCGUCUGGCCCGCAUCGUAGACCCUAAGAUGAAGAUCCAGGGGGACGUGGUCUUCAAGUGUGAGAACGUGGCCACCCUGGACCCUAUCUCCUUCGAGACCCCCGAGGCCUACAUCAGCCUGCCCAAGUGGAACACCAAGAGAAUGGGCUCCAUCUCCUUUGACUUCAGGACCUCGGAACCCAACGGACUCAUCCUGUUCACCCACGGCAAGCCCCAGGAACGCAAGGAGGCCCAACGCAGUCAGAAGAACACCAAGGUCGACUUCUUUGCGGUGGAGCUGCUGGAUGGCAGUCUAUACCUACUGUUAGACAUGGGCUCUGGGACCAUCAAGGUCAAAGCCACCCAGAACAAGGUCAACGACGGGGCCUGGUACCACGUGGACAUACAGAGAGAUGGACGCUCAGGCACCAUCUCAGUCAACAGCCGGCGCACCCCGUUCACAGCCAGCGGUGAGAGUGAGAUCCUUGACCUGGAAGGAGACAUGUACCUGGGGGGUCUACCCUCGGACCGUGCCAACCUCAUUCUGCCCACCGAGCUGUGGACCGCCAUGCUCAACUAUGGCUACGUGGGCUGCGUGCGCGACCUCUUCAUCGACGGGCGCAGCAAGGACAUCCGACAGAUCGCUGAGGCUCAGAACGGGGCGGGCAUCAAGCCGUCGUGCAACAAGGUGGUGGGGAAACAGUGCGAGAGCUACCCGUGUAAGAACAGAGGCGUCUGUAAGGAGGGAUGGAACCGGUUUAUCUGUGAUUGUACCGGCACGGGGUACUGGUCACGCACCUGCGAGAGAGAGGCAUCCAUCUUGAGUUAUGACGGCAGUAUGUACAUGAAGGUGGUGAUGCCCCAGGUGAUGCACACAGAGGCUGAGGACGUGUCUCUACGUUUCAUGUCCCAGCGGGCCUACGGCCUGCUCAUGGCCACCACCUCACGGGACUCGGCCGACACGCUGCGUCUUGAGCUGGACGGGGGCCGGGUCAAGCUCACGGUCAACCUAGACUGUAUCAGGAUAAACUGUACUUCCAGCAAGGGACCAGAGACCCUGUAUGCUGGGCAAAAACUCAAUGAUAAUGAGUGGCAUACGGUCCGCGUGGUCCGCCGGGGCAAAACCUACAAGCUCACGGUGGACGAUGACGUAGCAGAAGGCCAGAUGGCGGGUGACCACACCCGGCUUGAGUUCCACAACAUCGAGACGGGCAUCAUGACGGAGAGACGCUUCGUCUCGGCCAUCCCCUCUAGCUUCAUCGGACACCUGCAGAGCCUCAGGUUCAACGGCAUGCUGUACAUUGAUCUCUGUAAGAACGGAGACAUCGACUUCUGCGAGCUAAACGCCCGGUUUGGCAUGCGCUCCAUCAUCGCUGACCCUGUGACCUUCAAGUCCAAGAGCAGCUACCUGAGCCUGGCCACCCUGCAGGCCUACACCUCCAUGCACCUGUUUUUCCAGUUCAAAACCACCUCCCCGGACGGCUUCAUAAUGUUCAACAGUGGAGACGGAAACGACUUCAUCGCUGUGGAGCUAGUCAAAGGGUACAUCCACUACGUGUUUGACCUUGGCAAUGGGCCUAACGUCAUCAAGGGUAACAGCGACCGGGCUCUCCAUGACAACCAGUGGCACAACGUGGUCAUCACCCGUGACAACAGCAACAUCCACACGCUGAAGGUGGACGCCAAGGCAACCAGCCAGGUGGUCAAUGGAGCCAAAAACCUUGACCUGAAAGGUGACCUGUUUAUCGCUGGGCUGGGCCCUGGUAUGUACGGUAGCCUGCCCAAGCUGGUGGCAUCCCGGGACGGCUUCCAAGGCUGCCUGGCCUCUGUGGACCUCAACGGCCGCCUCCCUGACCUCCUCCAGGACGCGCUGUUCCGCAGCGGGCAGAUCGAGCGAGGAUGCGAAGGUCCUAGCACCACCUGCCAAGAGGACUCAUGUGCCAACAUGGGCGUCUGUAUCCAGCAGUGGGAGAACUACACCUGCGACUGUUCCAUGACCUCCUACACCGGCACGCAGUGCAAUGAUCCUGGGAUGACUUAUAUCUUUGGGAAAGGAGGAGGCCUCAUUACGUUCAACUGGCCAGCCAACGAGAGGCCAAGCACGCGCACAGACAGACUGACCAUAGGGUUCAGUACUUCCCUAAAGGAUGGCAUCUUGGUCCGGAUAGACAGCGCUCCGGGUCUGGGAGACUAUCUCAUGCUCCACAUCGAACAAGGGAAGAUCGGUGUGACGUUUAACAUCGGCACGAUGGACAUCAGUGUGAGAGAGAGCAGCACCCCUGUGAAUGACGGGAAGUACCAUGUGGUGCGGUUCACCAGGAAUGGGGGCAACGCCACCCUCCAGGUGGACAACUGGUCCAUCAACGAUCACUUCCCAGGAGGUCGGCAGCUAACGAUAUUCAACACCCAGGCCACAGUCACCAUUGGUGGCAGCGACCGCAGUCGGCCCUUCCAGGGUCAGCUGUCCGGCCUCUACUACAACGGCCUCAAGGUCCUCAACAUGGCUGCCGAGGGCAACCCCAACAUCAAGAUCAACGGCAGUGUCCGAUUGGUAGGCGACGUGCCCUCUGUGGCCGGGUCGGCUCGCACCACCGCCCAGCCCCCCGAGAUGUCCACCACCUUUAUUGAGACCACCACCACCAUGUCCACCACCACCACCCGCAAGCACCGCUCCUCUCCCACCAUACAGCAGACAACGGAUGACAUCGUGUCGUCGGCUGAGUGUUCGAGUGACGACGAGGACCUGGAGGAGUGCGACUCUGGCCAUGCAGCCCUGCCCACCCAGCCCGGCGUCAACCGAGUCCCGGGACCCCCGGAAGUGUCCCGCCAGUCUAGCAGCACCACCGGGAUGGUCGUCGGGAUAGUGGCGGCCGCCGCCCUGUGCAUCCUCAUCCUCCUGUACGCCAUGUAUAAGUACAGGAACAGGGACGAGGGCUCCUACCAGGUGGACGAGAGCAGGAAUUACAUCACCAACUCGGCCACGCAGAGCAAUGGAGCCGUCAUGAAGGACAAACAACAGAGCGCAAAAGGCAGCAAAGUAAAACAGAAAAACAAGGACAAGGAGUAUUACGUGUGA